UCGCACUUUCAAAUGGUGUUUUCGACUUGAAAUCUUGUAGUUGCCAACUGAGAACGAUCGCCUAGCUAACCGAGCAAACAGUAUCUUUGUGAAAGCUUCAAAGCAUGGGAAUUAAUUUAGUUCGAGGCAUGUUAGCUGCGGUUCUAGUCGCUGGCGUUGUUGUUUGCUCACUGACAUUGAGCGUAGCUGCCCAGGGGCAAGGUGAUUGUGCGUCGUUAACACCGGAUGGACGGGUUCCGGGGCGAUGCAUCCCCAUUCGCCAGUGCGAAGUCUUUAUGAGGAUACUCUCUGCGACAACAACUGUGUCCGAGUCCGAUAGAAAUCUGCUGCGUGAUAAUCAAUGCAAUCUACAGCCAAAUGGCAACGUAAACGUGUGCUGCCCUUUGGAUAACAAUAGGACUGUUGGCUUAGGUCAAUCGAGGAGAGAGGGUUUAGGUGCCCUCAGACAUCCACUACUGCCCAGGGAAUGCGGGGCUGUCGCAUGGCAGCGCUCCAAUGACUCGGAAACAAAAAUUAAUGAGUAUCCGUGGCUGGCUCUUAUUGAAUAUACUAAACCAAACCAAGAGAAACUUCAUGCUUGCGGCGGCGUUCUGAUCAGCGAGCGCUAUGUGUUAACGGCGGCCCAUUGCGUCGCUGGACCAGCGAUAAGCAAUAGGGGCUGGAGAGUUCGUGCCGUACGGCUGGGAGAAUGGGACACAAUGACAAAUCCGGACUGCCAGGUCACGCAUUCGCCGGAGAAAACAAACUGUGCACCGCCCUAUCAGGAUCUGUCCGCUGAAGAAAUCAUUGUUCAUACAAACUAUAACAAGGACGUCACUAGUCAAACGAAUGACAUUGCAAUGAUACGCUUGGGGGAUCGGGUACAGUUUAGCGAGUAUGUGCAGCCCAUUUGCCUGCCCAACAAGCAAUUGCGCGCCGAUGAACUGGAGGAGUUAGUGGUGGAUGUGGCCGGAUGGCAAGCCACCUCCAGUUCGCGCAUGCAAAAAAGUGAAGUUAUCAUCACAUCCAUCGAAGAUUGUCAGAAACUAUAUGCUGCUCAAAAUGUACACAUUGUGGCUUCCCAAUUGUGCGGUGCCGCCAAUGCCAAUGAGUGCCGCGGCAACUCCGGCGGACCGCUGAUGCUGUUCAAGAAUAAUGCGUAUCUUCUUGGUGGCAUAUUGUCUUUUGGCCCUGUACCGUGUCCAAGUCCUGGCUGGCCAGAUAUUUAUACACGUGUAGCCUCUUACAUUGAUUGGAUACAUGGCAAUCUGAAGGCCUAAACAAUCUUAUUUUAUUUUUGACAGUGCAAGUUAUGUUAUUGUUUUUGCAUACAAAU